AUGUCGAUUAUUCCAAGCUUAUUUGGUGGCCGAAGAAACAACAUAUUCAACCCAUUUUCACUCGAUGUUUGGGACCCAUUCAGAGACUCCCUUAAUAUGGCAUCUGAAACAUCUACAUUGGUGAACACGCGUGUGGAUUGGAAGGAGACACCAGAAGCUCUUGUCUUCAAGGCUGAUCUUCCUAGGAUUAAAAAAGAGGAAGUGAAAGUCGAGAUUGAAAAUGGUAGCAUUUUACAGAUCAGUGGGGAAAGAAUUGUCGAGAAAGAAGAUAAGAAUGAUAAAUGGCAUCGUGUUGAAAAAAGUAAUGGCAAGUUUACAAGGAGGUUUAUGCUGCCAGAAAACGCAAAGUUGGAUCAGGUGAAAGCGGCUAUGGAAAAUGGAGUGCUGACUAUUACUGUCCCCAAAGAGGAAGUUAAAAAGCCCGAAAUCAAGUCUAUCGUCAGGAUGUGGUCUGUACGUUUAAUUAGUAAACUGUACCAGAAAUGGUAUGGUACUACUUAA